UUAUGGGAUAACUAAGAAUGUUACGUCAUCAAUGAUGAGGUGUAAGGACUGAGUGCUGGGACUCCUGCGAACAAAUGUAUAAGAGGAUGUAUUGGCUGCAAACUGUCUUAAUCAACAACAUAUGCAUCACUCUGUUUCAGAUGAAUUUGUUACAGCAUGACAAACCAUAUCUUUUGCGUGACGUUUUACCACCUUCCCACUCCGAUUACGACCCAACAACUAUCACGGAUCAUUCAAAAAUAACCCAUACAUUUUCACAAGAGAUGCGGAAGGAAAAAUGAUAAUAAAGGAGACUAAAUGCUGAAUUGCUUCACACGGAUGUAGAGGCAGCCUUUUGAAAACGGAGCACAACUUGGAAAUACCAGCCCGACAAUAAACCCAGCAAUCUUCAAGGCCGUUUCGGUCCAAAAAUCUAACCGAUUUCAAAUCGUUCCCAAAACACUUUACAAAAUUAUAAGUAGGUCAGCGUUCGUUUUCGUUCAGCAGUUAUUAGCAGAGCUGCUGAUAUUGUGAAGGUGAUGGCUCUCAUGGACGAAGAAAAAAGGGGUGUGGUCGCUGAAAUGUUCGCACGAUCAGCAACAUCACGGUGCAGACAGUCAUGCGAGAAAUUGUCAGUAGUUACUUCCAUGUGUAACAGCCUACAAAGGACAACAUUGUUGUACACACCCAACUGCGGGUGCAAGAAAGGCGGAAGGAACAAUGGACCUCAUCCACGCCCAUCCCGGAAUAAAUCGGUUCCGAUUUUUCCCAACGAAAACUACGAACCUGACCUUGUCCUCCCGAUGGUUAUCUUUUUGUUCUCUCGGCUAGUGUUGUGCGGCGGGUAUAAAUAGGACGCCGUGAACGAAGUACAAUCAGUUCAAACCUUACCCUUCCCAGCGCUUUCCAGCAACUUACAAGCGAAUCAACAUGCAAUCAAUUAUUGCGUUGUCAUUAUUUGUUAUGGCCGCUUCAGUCUGCCACUGUCAGCUGACGGCUUUCCAUCCGUUCGUCAGUGCUGGAUCGGCGAACUUUGCUCCGGUACCCGUGGCCACCUGGGCGCCCUCCUUGUACUCCAUGUCCCAGUACCACGCCCAAGAUGAGCUCGGCCAAGCUUCUUACGGCUACGCUUAUCCCGGACAGGCGGCUUCCAACUUCCGUGACGCCUGGGGUAAUCAAGUCGGAAGCUGGGCCUACAUCGACGCGGAAGGCAAAGAAGUCCGCGUCAGCUAUGUGGCCGAUUCGAGGGGAUUCCGCGUUCUAUCCAACAAUUUGCCCCAAGCUCCGAUGUCGGUCCAUUCUUCUCCACUCGUCGCUCCCGUCCAAGUUUCCGACACUCCCGAAGUCGAGGAAGCCAAACGGGCGCAUUUCGCUGCUGUGGCGGAAGCCAAGGCCCGCAAUGCGGCCGCUGUUGCUGCAGCCGGUGGCAGCCGUCAUCGUCGUAGCCCUAGCCGUUAUUAUUCAGCACCCAAACCAGUUGCUCAUCAUUAUGUCCAGCCGACUUAUUACAGCUACCAAAAAGCGGCCGUUCCAGUUGUUCAUGUUGCUCCUGUUGAACCUAUUGUUCCUGUCGUCCAACCAACUGCUCACGCUUUCCCUACUUUCCCAACUGUUCACGCUGUUCCAGUUGCUCCCGCUGUCCAUGCCGAGGUCCACGCCCUUCCGGUUGCUGCUCCAGCUGUUGUCCAGGUUGCGCCAGUCCCAUCACCCAUCAUCAGCAAAUUCCAUUCACAGGACGAGCUGGGCCAAGCCGCAUUUGGUCACGUCACUGCCGACCAGUCCGCUUCGAAUUUCCGUGAUGCAGCCGGAAAUCAGAUGGGCCACUAUGCCUACAUCAAUCCCGACGGCCAACAAAUCGUAGUCUAUUACACAGCCGGAGCUGGUGGCUUUAGAGUUAUCUCAAAUGCAUUGCCAGAGGCACCUGUCCAAUUCCAGCAUACAGCGCAUGCUGCUCCGGCAGCCGUCCAGGACACUCCUGAAGUUGCUCAAGCUCGUCGAGAACAUUUAGCUCUUGUCGAAGAGGUGCGUAACCGCGUCAAAUCUUCGCCUUGAGAUGUUUUCUUCACCUACAUACCAAAUCAGUUACAGUCUAAUUGAGCUUCGCGUGUAUAUAAACUUCAUCUUGUCUUUCCUCAUUACAUUAGCAGUUGAGCAGCAUUAAAUGUGUUGCUUUUUGUUACCAUUGCACCAAUACAUUUUCUUAAGAGACAA